AUAAAACAUUAAAUGCAUGUUUAUUAAUCAAAGUAACAGCAUACUGUGAGUUGAGUACGUGUCAAAGAUGAAACACUCAAAUAAAACGGGCCUUAGCAUUCUCUUGGUAUUAUUGUGCAUAACGGACAUCACUUUAACGGGGUCUACCCGUUUGUUUCAGAUUUACGAUCCAAAUUUUCACACGACGAAACCUCCGAGACGUCGUGAACCUUUAGAACGACAGUAUUCAAACAAAGGAAGCUUUCGAUUGUGCCGCGAAGAGCAAACAUCAGUCGCAUCCGAUUGCGAAGAGGCGAGAGGUGUGGAUUCCGACGAAGUGGCUACUGCGAUUGUGGAAAAGAGUAAAUGGAGUCCAUGGGUUAAAACAGUUGGUACCGAGAUUGAGCAAAGGCAAGAGAUAAAAGGCAUUGCUGUUCACGACAGCACCGACAGCGAGCAAAUUGAACAACACUUUGAGUCAAAUCCUUCGUCCAAGAAAGAAAGUUAUCAUCAUAAUUAUGAACAAAAUGGGCGCGAUGAAUAUUCCAAACGCUUUUCUAGUGCUGAGAAGGUGAAAGAGGAUUCCGAAGAAACCCAUGGGAUUCCGCCUUUCGAUAAACUGACAGAGAACCAAGAGACCUAUCCAUACCAAGAUAGCCUCACUUAUUACAAGAAGCCGCGAAAAGAGAAGAUACUAAGUUCAGGAGCUUCAACGCAUUCUAGCACCGUUGCGAAGUAUAAUUCCGUAUCUGGAGUAGAAUGUCCCUAUGCAGGCGCGAGUGGACAAUUCGUUUAUCCUCCGGACUGCAAGUUCUUUGUCAACUGCUGGAACGGACGGGCGUUCGUUCAGCCUUGCGCUCCAGGAACGCUAUUCAGUCCCGAGAAACUUGAAUGCGAUUUUCCACACAAGGUUAAAUGCUACGGUGGCGAAUUGGCAGACUUUACUUCGCCUGACUACCUGGAAGACACUGCCAAUCGGGAGCCGUUCGUGCAAAUUUCAAAACCUCCUCAAAUUCUGCGGGAAACCGCGAAUUUCAAUGCAAUAAAAUGUCCUCCACACGUAACUGGUUUAUUAGCUCAUGGAUCAGAUUGUACUAAAUAUCUUCAAUGUGUCAAUGGCGAUACCUACACAAUGAAUUGUGGCCCUGGAACUGUAUUUAAUCCGACGAUCAAUGUAUGCGACUGGCCAUACAAUGUUAGGGGUUGCGAAGAUGCGUUGAAGAAUGUUGAAGAGGUAGCAGCAGCCACUGAAGUCUAUCGUCUGCCGAAAUCAAGGGAGACCUCACAGACAGUUAAAAGGAAGGUUGAGUGUCCUGCGUAUCAUACGGGGCUACUGGCACAUCCAGUUGACUGCAAGAAAUUCCUCCAGUGCGCCAAUGGAAUUACUUACGUGAUGGACUGUGGACCAGGAACAGUUUUCAAUCCGACGUCAUCCGUUUGCGAUUGGCCGUAUAAUGUCGAUGGUUGCGCCAGAGCCUAUGAUGAAGACUCUCAGCCUGAGGAGACUUUCAGUGGAUAUUGGCCUGGAAACAAUAAUGGGAAUGGUAACACUUGGGAGAAUUCACAGCAAAGUCAUAAUCGACGGGAAGAAACUCAACAGAAUUCGCAUAACGAUCAGACUCAAUCGGCAUCGAGUGGCGUCGGUCAAGAUCGACAUCCUACUUCUUUUAUCGGAAAUAACAGUCGGUCAAGGGAAGAUCGUACUGGUCACGAUGUUCAAUGGCAUAACGAGUAUCCCAGUUAUUAUCAGCAGCAGAGUGGAUCCACGGAUACUAAUCUUAGGGAGACUGGACAAUGGCAAGGAAGUUACGGAGUACCGGAAAACAUGAACCGCAAUCAAAAUCAGCGGGAGUCCGUUUUCAAUACCGGUGAACAUGAUUAUCAUUACGGUCAGGGGCACGAUCGCCAUUAUUGGUAUCGUCAUGAAACAACCACGAAUGGAUACGAUGAUAUGCAUAAACCGUGGAAAAUAGCAAAAACAGAUGACGACGCGCCCAAAGAAGAUGGUCAAGAUACUUAUCAUAAGCAUUAUACCGGAAUUGGGGGAAGCCAGGAUAUUCCAAAAGAGGCUACUCCAAUAGAUUCCUCAGAUAUUGGAAGGGGUUUCGGGACAAUCAACGAAUUCAAUGAGAAUGUUUACGUGGACAGCAAUUACAAGCUGCCCGAGGAAGUCGAGGGCCCCGAUAAGGACAGCGUCGGUACCUCGACAAACGUGCAGCAUCAUUCACUGAGUGAAAGUGAUAACAGUGGUACUUCACUGGGUGGACUAGAAUCGCAGGUGGUUCAACCAGAAAGAAUUCGUCCAGUUCAGGCAGGAGGAAUACAAUUGGGUCAGAGGCCUGCACUGAGCAAUACCUGGAAUCAAGGUGGGUAUGAGAUCUCAAGCAGCAAAGAACGGACGGAAACUCUAAUUACUCCUUUAACGAUUAACAACAACACAAAUGACACAUCGCCAUGCACGACACGCACGGACACGGCUUUUUCCGCUAAUACUACUUGCCGCUUUGCGAAUGGCAGCCGAGGCACGAACUUUAGCUUUCAAGCUGGCACAAAUCAAGGUUCAAACUUUCGGCCUUCGUCGACUCAUGCCCAAAUCCAUCCGAAUCUUGGAUAUGGUAAGGAAUACUGGGUAGCUACUGAGAGCAAUCCAAAGAGCACUUUGCAGUUGGAGGGACGAUCCAAGAAUACAAUGGAAGACAGCGCUAUCAAGGGAAGAGAGCGUGAGACCAAGAUUAGGCGACCGGAAGUCGAGGAGAACAUAGAGAAGGACCAAGGCAAAGGUAUCGUUGUAAGAGAUUCAGGGAAGGUUAACGCAGUUUCAGGCACUAAUAGGACGGCGCAAGGAGGAACGCUUAACCAGUGGUUUGGAAGAACGAACAUUCGUACGGAGCCUGCGAAAGCCAGGCAGUUGGACUCGAGGUUAGAUCAGUGGGCUGCCAAGACUAACAUUUUCCAGCAAGCCAAGGGAGCAUCGCGAACAGAUGCAAAGACAGGGGGACCUGAAAGCCCCGUGAAGAUCGACGAUCCGCGUAGAGUAAAGGGUAUUUAUGUCAAUGUGAACGGCAUAAAGGGUCACUACAUUACAAAAGAAGUGGAGAUAAAUCAGGGACAUUCGAAAGCCCAAAUCUACACGUACGCUUUGAAUAAGACUUACGCCAAUUCUUACGGUUCACGAAAACCGAUAGUCUCUCCCGAUGUCGAGAGAUCGACAGUAGAACAGGUGGCGCAUUCGGACAGUUUAGAUCUUACGGACACAGCCAGUAAUUAUCCUGCUAGUAAUCAAACGAUCCACGGGGACUACGUUCGUCGCUUUGAAAAGACCUUCGUGCCUGAGAUAGAUACUAGUACCAAGUAUGAAUUCUCUUCGAAAAAAAUUCACAAUACUUGGAAUCCCGUCUUAGAUUCUAAUAUAACGACGCCCGGACCAACGACGAAAGUGUCAAUGGAAGUAGACAAGGCUCAAGCACAGCAUCAGAAGAAUGUCACUUUUAUUUUCGACGAUCCUAUAGAGCCUGGAGUCCGUUUCUCAGCAUCCGAAAAGAAAGAGGAGUGGAAACCGAAACUUGUUUUCAAGAAUAAAACCGGAACGAGUGAUGCGAAUGCAUCAAUCAUGUCAAUUAACAGAGAUAAGCUUGACACGGAUGUCUUCAAUGAGAAAAUAGUAUUUGCAGCAGAAGAACCUCCAUUUCCCGUGUAUUACAUACCGGCUGUACAACCACUUGGAAUCGAGCAGUCAAAGAAACAUCGAUCAGUUACUCCAACCUCAGGACAGGUAAUAAGACUACGCGGUGGGUUGACCCUCAGAGACGGCUAUGUUGAAGUUCAAGGUGUGCAACCAGGUUGGGGUACAAUUUGCGACUCGAGAAACCAAUGGACUCUCAAAGAGGCUCACGUUGUGUGUCGCCAGCUUGGAUAUUUUAGAGGCGCCGAGAUGGCAUGGCAGGGAAGACUUAAUCAAGCGCACUCUCCCACUUGGAUCGCCGCCAGCAGCGUGACCUGCUUUGGGAACGAAACGAACUUUCAAGAGUGCAAGUUCAUUCACAAUCAACAAUGCCAAGUGGAGCGAGAUGCAGUUGGAGUUCAGUGUCUUCAAAAUAGGGUCGCACAUUGUCGCAGCGAUGAAAUUCCGCACGGCGGACAAUGCUAUCAUCUGGCCAGUCCUGAUUCAGGACUGAAUCAUGCCGAAGCUCUGAAUUACUGCGCCUCCAGGGGAGCAAGAUUGUUGGAUAUUACUAGCCAGCAUGAAAAUAAUUUCAUAUCCGAGUGGCUGGUUCAAACACAUCCAAGUGUGAAGUCGAUUAUGACAUCUGGCCUUGGCUUUACUACUAUGAAUAGAACCGUCUGGAUUUGGCAGGACACGAAUAGCGCAAAGUUCAAGUUCAGCAAAUGGUGGCCAGGCUGGUUGGAUGACCACAGGAAGUCUCCGUGGGUGAGCUCCAGGCCUGCCUGCAUCAUCAUGAAACGAAGGUUUCCUUGCCACGAACAUCCCGAACAUUCCUGUCUGACUGAUUACUUUUUUUGGGACGCGGAGGACUGUGCUACAUCCUUCCAAGGACACUCCUUCAUUUGCGAAAAACCCUUUAAUGAUAUUGGAUGCGUUUCCGGCAAAGGGAAUGGAUACUCGGGCACAGCCAAUAUAACAUUUUCCGGAAAAGAUUGUCUUUUCUGGGACGACGAGAUUCUAAAACAUUCUUUGGUGCUGACGAUACUUCCCAAUUGGGUUAAAGGAAAGCUCGAAGGGCACAACUACUGCAGGAAUCCCAAUCCGAUGGAGGAAUCGGUGCCGUGGUGCUUCACUGCUCUCGGAGAGCGCGAGCAUUGUGACAUCCCAGCGUGCAGUACAUUAGGUUCGGAAAAGUCGAACGUUGGCAGUGGUUGCAAGCCCAAGUUCUUUGAGUGCACUGCCGGAGAGUGCAUACCUGAAGCCUGGCUCUGCGAUGGAGACAAGGACUGCACGAAUGGGGCGGACGAGGAAUCCUGCGCUCUGCACUUGGAUCACUUCACAAAGACUGCGAAGCACAGAUUGAAAGGACACGAUGUUGAGAAGUGGCUAAAUACUCCGUUGAAGACGUGUGCGCUCAGAUGCAAGGAAGCGGACUUCACGUGCCGAUCAUUUGCUCACAACUUCGGACGCAAUGUGUGUUUACUGAGUGAUGGAAACGUCGGCCUUACGGGUGCUCUCGAACCCAGCAAGGAGUUUGAUUACUACGAAAUGACAGACAGAUCCGUCAUUUGCAAUGACAUGUUCCGAUGCAACAACGGAAAGUGCAUCAGUCAGUUGCUGCGCUGCGAUGGCAAGAAUGACUGCAACGAUCAUUCGGAUGAAAUCACUUGUACACUCGAGGAACUCGACUAUGAUAUCCGGUUGUCUGGCACAAGCAACAGCCACGAAGGAAGAAUCGAGGUGAAAGUGCACGGCGAAUGGGGCCAGGUCUGCGACGAUGGGUUUGGCAUGAUCAAUGCUGGAGUCGUCUGCAGGGAAUUAGGUUUUGAACUGGGAGCUCUCGAGGUCAGACCAGGGGGAUUCUAUGGGAAUUUGAUACCGCCGACGCGCUUCUUCGUCGACCAGCUCAAAUGCCGCGGCAAUGAAACUUCCCUGAGACAAUGCGACUUCGAUGGCUGGGGUGUCCAUGACUGUCUACCGGAGGAAGCCGUAGGCGUCGUCUGCAAAACUGCGAUAGACACCUGCCAGGAAGAUCAUUGGAAGUGCGACAAUAGUCCCGUUUGCAUUCGAACGGCAUUCAUUUGUGACGAAGUGCAGGAUUGUCCAGACGGCGCCGAUGAGAGUCCCGAGCAUUGCGAUGUACCAUUUGAAUUACGUCUCGCAAAUGGCAGCAGUCCACUCGAAGGUAGAGUUGAGGUGCGUCAUCAUGGAAUUUGGGGAACAGUGUGCGAUGACGAUUUUACGACGGCGGCAGCCACCGUUAUCUGCAAAUCGCUUGGCUAUGCGGGGCCUGCGAUUCCUAAAAAGAAUGGGGCCUUCGGUGCUGGCGAGGGUCCCAUAUGGCUCGAUGAGGUAUCCUGUCAAGGAAACGAGAGCCAAUUGUAUCGAUGCGAGCACAGCUUUUGGGGUCAGCACAAUUGUGGCCACGACGAGGAUGCAGGAGUCAUUUGCACCGCUGGAGACGUCUUUGCGGAGUCUGAGCACGCGAAGGAAACUGUACCGUAUCUUCCGGAAGUAAGUAUAAACGAUCUGCUACCGGCCGAGUGCGGCAAACGACUCGAAGAUUUUCCCGACGAUAGUCCUUUCUUUCAAAGAGUGAUCAGGGGUAACGUUGCACCGAAAGGGUCAUAUCCUUGGCAGGCCAGUAUACGGGUGCGGGGACACAGCCGAUCGAACCACUGGUGCGGCGCUAUUAUUCUUUCUCCAUUGCACGUCCUUACGGCUGCUCACUGUCUCGAGGGAUACAACAAGGCGACGUACGUAGUGCGCGCUGGGGACUAUAACACAGAGAUCGACGAAGGAACGGAAGUGGAAGCGAAUAUCGAGGACUACUACAUUCACGAGGACUUCCGGAAGGGUCAGCGCAUGAACAAUGACAUCGCUCUGGUGUUGCUCAAGGGUCGAGGCAUCCCGUUGGGCGAGAACAUAAUGCCGAUAUGUUUACCCGCUGAAAAUCUCGAAUAUCUUCCAGGACUUAAUUGCACUAUAAGUGGUUGGGGAAGCGUAGAGACAGGAACUUCCGGUCAUUCGCGAGACUUGAGAUUCAGUUGGAUACCACUGAUCGAUCAGUCGAUCUGCCAGGCUAGUUACGUCUACGGUGAAGGUGCGAUCAGCGACGGUAUGUUCUGCGCAGGAUUUCUCGAGGGCGGCGUCGAUGCUUGUGACGGGGAUUCCGGGGGUCCUUUAGCGUGCUUUCACAAUGGAGCGUUCACCCUGUAUGGAAUAACGAGCUGGGGUCAACAUUGCGGCGCAGAAAAUAAGCCUGGCGUCUACGUUCGGAUCGCUCAUUAUCGAAGAUGGAUCGAUCAGAAGAUUCGUGAAUCACUCGCCGGCCAAUAGAGUUUAAAUGGAUAGGAUUAAUAAAUAUAGAGUGACACCUGCAACUUUUGUUAAUCUGCACUUUAUUUCGUAAGACAUCAUUCUUUCUACAUAAUAUUAAUGGUUGUUCUUCUA